AUGGAUUGUGGCCUCGCAACACUCCUUCUCCUCCGCGCAACAAACCGCUUCUUCUCAAACCGCGCACUACAAAACUGGACCUCCAAUGCGCCAUGGAACAACGAAUCCGAACUCAUCCUCCUCACAGGAGGCACAUCCGGUAUCGGAAAACAGGUCAUGCAGGACCUGUCCGCGUCAGGCGUUCGGGUCAUCAUUCUCGAUAUCAAUGAACCCAACUUCACCCUGCCAGCCAAUGUCUCCUUCUACAAGGCCGACAUCACCAAUUCCGAAAACAUUGCCUCUGUCGCAAAGACGAUUCGCGCUAAUCACGGAGAGCCCACAGUUCUGGUGAAUAAUGCCGGUGUUGGGCAUGACGGGACGAUUAUCGAAGAGCCCGAGGCAAAGAUCCGCCAAACAUUCGAAGUCAACACCCUCUCGCACUUUUUGAUGGUCAAGGAAUUUUUGCCCGCCAUGGUGAAGGCGAACCACGGGCAUGUCGUGACAAUCGCUAGUAUGGCCAGUUUUGUGGCGCUCGGCGAGAUGGUCGAUUAUUGUUGUUCUAAGGCUUCGGCUCUGGCUUUCCACGAGGGUCUGCGGCAGGAGCUGCGGUACUGGUAUAAUGCGCCCAACGUGCGGACGAGUGUGAUUCACCCGAUGUGGGUGCGCACACCCAUGAUCAAGAUGUUGACCGACCACGAGUCGCAUUUCAGACAGCCUAUUAUGACCCCGCAGGUGGUAUCAGAUGCUAUCUGUAAGCAGAUCCUCACUCAACGGAGUGGCCAGAUUAUUUUGCCUGCUAGUCAGUCUGUGGCGAGCAUGGUCCGGGCCAUGCCGACUUGGAUGCAAGAGGGCGUGCGGGCGUUUGCUUCUGGGGCGCUGAGGAGGAUGCGCAAUGCGCAGGCUGCUGAGGAGGCUGCUGCUGCUAAAUAG